CGCUGAUCAGAGUUUCCCCUGAAAGAAAAGGUGAUAAUCCGGUUUAUGGACAUGGCAAAUCGGUCUGUAUGCGCUUCCAUAAUGCAUUACAUGGGAACCCCAAACAGGGCGAAACGGUCUACAAAUCUGGACGCUCAACCGGGCUAACUGAAGACCGAUAUGGACUACCCGCAGUCAUAAUCACAAGAGGACUAGAUAUCCACGGCAAUGAAGUGCCAGUUGCGACUUUCGAGCACAUCGUCUACGGCCCCUCUAAUAAACCCUUUGCUAACCCUGGAGAUUCUGGUGCUUUUGUGUAUACUAAAGACGCGAAGGUGGUUGGUCUUCUUGUUGGGGGCGCUGAACGGGUUAAUGCUUUUUAGAUUGAGCAUAUUAUGGACAUUUUUGGGGAUGUUACGAGGUUGACGGGGG